CGCAUGUCUCUCAAUCGUAAACCGGCGCAUGCGCCCGCAUAACCUGCGAUGUAGCAGCAAGUCCGUGACGUGAGGUCGAAAAUGUUUCGUUCUAUUACACAUAACGUCCCUCAGGGACUGGUGUCCCUGGCGCGUAAUAAUGUAGCGGCGUCGGGACCCGCUGCUGCUGCUGCUACAUUGAAGGUUCAGACUAAACACAUGGCCAAGCAGGCCACGGAGUCGUCCGUGCAGGAGGCGAAGGCGCCGCUGCCGGAGAAACAGAAGGUCGAGCCGUACAGCCCGUUCCAACAGCCCAGUAACAUGGCAGAGUACGCCCUGGCCCGAAUGGACGACAUACUCAACUGGGGACGCAAAGGAUCGCUGUGGCCGAUGACCUUCGGUUUAGCCUGCUGCGCCGUGGAGAUGAUGCACAUCGCCGCGCCUAGAUACGACAUGGACAGAUUCGGCGUGGUGUUCCGCGCCUCGCCCCGACAGUCGGAUGUCAUCAUCGUCGCCGGCACUUUAACGAAUAAGAUGGCACCUGCCUUGAGGAAGAUCUACGAUCAGAUGCCUGAGCCCCGAUGGGUCAUCUCCAUGGGAAGCUGCGCGAACGGAGGCGGAUAUUAUCAUUAUAGCUAUUCUGUGGUCAGAGGUUGCGACAGGAUAAUACCUGUGGACAUUUACGUGCCUGGUAAAUUUGCAAUUAUUU